CGGCGCUUUUUGAGAUCCAGAAGUUUCUUGUUGACUCGCUCAGCUCUCCCGCUAAUUUUACUCCAGUUCCUCCCGCUUUCCUUUCCGCCCCGAGCCUCAGUUUCUUGUCUUUUUCUUCUUCUUCUUCUCCCUGGCUCGAGGACCGGCUCCGCUGCUUCACACUGGGCGUAGACGGAGAGGAUUUCGCUAGCUCGCGGCUGCACCGACUGCUGAAGUUUCCUCCGGAGGACAUUUUGAAGCCUUGAAGCUCCAAAGAGUCACAAGGAUUAGUGCCAGCCUCUGUGGUCACAUGACUUCUCUGAUCCACCUGUCGCACAAUCUGGUGCCAGCAGCCGAGUAAACACGGAGACGAGGGAAAGGGAAUCGCCCCUUCACCUCCCAGCGGGGCCUUCGAGCCGGCUCCCGGAGGCUCGCUGCAAAUCAAUCGACCGGACCUCGCCGUCUCCAGAAAGCCCAUAGGCCGUCCUGUGAGAUUUGACUCAGCCCCCCUCCUGCCUUGCAGAGACGGACCGCCACCACUCGAGGAGAGAUGAAGCCGGAUGGGGUUGCCACGGCAACGCUGGAGCCCAUGGAAGCGUUGGAAUCCAAUCCAGUAAAUGAGGCGGCGCCAGCCGCGGGACAGGAGCCCGACCAGGCGGCCGGUCCGGCGGACGGGGAGAUGCCGCAGCAGCCCGCAGCAGAGCCGGGCCAGGCGGAACCCAAGCCGGACCCGGCCAAGGACACCGCAGCUGCCAAGACCGGCAACAAACCGUCAGCCGACUCCAAAGCCAAGACGACCAACAAGGCCACGGACAAGACGAAACCUGGCACCGCGGGCCCAACCAAAACCACACCUGGGUCACGGCCCAACACGACCCAGAGCCGCCUCUCCAACGGCGUGUCAAAGCCCCAGACCAACGGAGUGGCGAAGAAAACCGCGCCUGCCGCCGCGGUGAAAAAGAUCACCCCGACGCCAGCGCCGGCUAAAAGACCAACGGGCCCGGCCUCCAAGAGCAAAGUAGCUGAGAAGAAACCCGCGGGGGCGGCCCCGGCCACCAACGGUGCAAAGUCGAUGACCGGAACUACAACGUCGGCCAAGAAGACGGCGUCCGCCGCCGCUGCUGGCGUCAAAACCGGCUCCGCCGCCGCCGCUAAAAAGCCCCCAGCACCCAGGACCGCCUCUGCAACUCCCACCAAGCCGAGUGCUGCUGCCGCCUCACCCAAGCCCUUGACUUCCAAGACAACCAGGCCGACGCCCAGCACGGCGCCGUCAUCUCGUCCUGCCACCGGCUCCGCCCGGCCGCCCGCUGCCGGAGCAGCCCGGAGCUCCCCGGCUGCAGCCAAAGCCGCCGCCCCGAAGACCUCCUCCGCCCCGGUGAAGCCCGCUGCCUCCAGACUCUCGUCCACUGCCCCCUCUGGUGGCAAAGCCCCAUCAUCGCUCCCACCCAGAACCACGACCCCCGUGAAAAAAGAUGUUCCCAAACCAGCCACGUCGGCAUCCAAAAAGCCCGCCGAGUCCCCCCUCGCCCGCCCCUCCUUGACAUCGAAGUCGGCAAAACCCGAGACCCCCAAAUCGGCCUCAAAAGCCGCCGCCGCCGGGAAGGCUGCGGACGCAAAGACGCCCGUCCGCGCCAAAGCAGAGGGUAAGGCCACGCCUUCCAAGGAUGCCCCCAGGACCCCCGGGUCCAGAGCGGGUGCAGCCAAGACCCCCAUCCCCAAGAAAACGGUGGGCAGCAGCACCCCGACUCCGGUGAAACGCGCCCCCAAAGCAGCAGAACCCGGGAAGGAAGUCGCCGUCGCUGCAGCUGCAGCCAUCGCCACUGUGGCAGCAGCCGUCGCCGGGUCAGAGGGCCCAGAACCAGCUGCGGAGCCAUCUGCUGCAGAACUGAUGUCCAGCCCGACCCAAGCAGUGCAAGAACAACUGUCAGAACCCGCACCAGAACCCGUACGGGUACCGACACCAGAGCCCAAACGGGGACCGACACCAGAACCCGAAAGGGUACCGACACCAGAACCCGAAAGGGUACCGACACCAGAGCCCGAAAGGGUACCGACACCAGAACCCGUACGGGUACCGACACCAGAGCCCGAAAGGGUACCGACACCAGAACCCGUACGGGUACCGACACCAGAGCCCGAAAGGGUACCGACACCAGAACCCGUACGGGUACCGACACCAGAACCCGUACGGGUACCGACACCAGAGCCCGAAAGGGUACCGACACCAGAACCCGUACGGGUACCGACACCAGAACCCGUACGGGUACCGACACCAGAACCAGUGCAUGAAGAAAGUCCAGUCCAAGUAACAGAAGCAUCUCCAGAGCCCCUGUCCCAGCCAGAGUCAGGAGGAGGAGCCAAAGCGGACCACGGACCGGCCUCCAACGCUCCGCUGGCGGCUCAACUGGACCACUUCAAAUUCGUGGAGUCGCCCGAGGAGUCGGUUCCGUGCCUCGGAACGACAGUCAUGUCCCCCCCUUGUUCUCCACCGGGCCCCGUGUCCCCCGCCAGGGAGCCACAGAACGCCUCUUCUCUGCUGGACGUCCAGUCCGGUCCCUGGGGAGACCAGCAGAGCCUGGGGCCGCCCCCGUUGGCCCCCCAGAGCCUCGUCAAUACCAUGAUCUACUACGCAGAAGAGGAGAAGGAGAACAAAGAUCAGUUUGAGGCACAAUCGACUGAGGAGGAAGACGAGGAGGAGGAAGAUGAAGAGAAGGAGAACCUGCUCACGCUGACCGCGGCGGCCUUCGGCGUGACGGCGACGCCUCUCUCGCCGGACGCCUCGCCCGCGGGCGUCUUCACCUCCGGGGGCCUGAUCUCCCCGCACGAAAAGGAGGAGGCGGUGGAGAAGGCCGACGAGGAGAUAAACGAGGACGACGACGAAGAGGAGGAGGAUGACGAGGAUGAGGUGCAGAGGCGACUCGGCCACCAUCCGUCCUCCCUGGCCACCGACAUGAGCACGUCUCAGCCCUCCGAGGAGCUCCCAGCGAGGACCUCUGCGGUCGGCGCCCCCGCGGCGUGGCCCGGCGACGACCUCCUGGACUCCGAGGACGCCGGCAGCCCGCAGCACACGGCGCUGCUGGACGGCACGCAGAGCGCCGACGCCCUGGGGGACUCCAGCCACCUCAUGAGCUCGCCCAACGUGGAAACCAUGGCCAACGAGGAGGAGGAGGAGGAUGAGGAGGAGGAGGAGCGGGUGGAUGAUAUGGACCUGAGCUCUGAGCGGGUGGAGGAGCACCACAAGGUGUUCCCGGAGCAGCAGGAGAGGGACGAGGAGGAGGAGGAGGACGAAGAUGUGGAGAUGCACAGCGAAGGUGUGGCCGAGUGCUGCGGGAAUGUGGACGCAGACGACUUCAACGAGGAGGAGCGCCCGGGCAACCUGAACCGCUCCGCUCCUCCCGCGCCGUGCAUCCCCCCCGCCUCCUCCUGGGGCCAGUCCGGCCCCUUCACUGACCCCUGGGCUCAGCCGGCCUCCCCCAGCCCCGUGUCCGACCGCGGCGCGGCGGCGGAGGCCGAGACGUGUGUCCUGUCUCCCGCCCGCGAGGAGGCGGAGACCUCGGCAGACGGCGAGGAGGCCCACGCCGGGAUGUCCCGGCCCGGCGCCGCUCGGGCCGCCGCCGCCGCCGCCCACAGCGGCAGCGAGACGAGCACGCCGGAGGAGCUGCCGGACUACGACAGCAGCUCGGGGGUGGAGUCUCGCUCCGACAAGCAGCAGACGCCGGUGCCCUCUUCGGUCCAGCCCGACAUGGAGGACCUCGGCAUCCACCUGGAGAAAGGUGACGGAGAAGAGGAGGAGGCGGAGACGCUCCCCGCCGACGAGGUCCCGGGAGCGGGGCCCCCGACCGCCCCGGCCUCCGCCCCGUCCUCGCCGUCCACCUCGGGGGACGAGGCCAGCGACACGGAGGACGAGAUGCAGAUAAACGACCCCGACGCGGCGGCGGACCGCGGCGCCGGGUUGGAGAGCCCGCCUCCCGCCCGCAGCCUGCCGGCGCUCGAGGAGGACGAGGAGGCGGCGGACGCGCGCGCCGGAGACGGCGAGGAGGACGGCGGCGGAACCACCCCCCAGUCCGCCAACUCCGUGGCGUCGUACGGCUUCGACUGCACCGCGUCCAACUCCAACGCCCACUCCACGGCGGAGAGCCCGGGCAUCUUCUCGCUGGAGAACGAGGAGCAGCUGCCGGAGGAGGCCAAAGACCCCGCCCUCCUCAAGGAGCUGACCCUCCCCUCGCUCGCCACCGUGGACCUGAUGCCUUUCGGCCAGCCCGGCGCCCUCGACGAGCACCACUACAUGCUCGGGGGCGAGAUGGCGGCGGACCGCCCGGAGGAGGCGGGCCUCCGUCACCUCGGGGCGGCGGAGGCCGGAGACCCCGGCGACGGCCAGCCGCCGUACUACUCCACCAUCUGCGAUAAGACUGACAGUUUCCUGGCAGUUGGAUUAGAAGAGAAGGAAGAAAAGUGAGCGAAGAAUGUAGGAACAGAUUUUAAAAACAAAGGAGAUGGGGGAAGAGAGACUGUAGCCGUUUUUAAAUGAAGCGUUUGGCUUCAGCUCCUUGAUGUACAGUAGCUACGACCAUGUUCUAGUAGAACGUUCCUGUUGAAGUAACACUGCGUCCCCUGUGGCCCCGCGGGGCCCCGACCCGCCGGUCCGCCGGCCGAGUCACGCACCGGAGAGAAAGAGGAGAAGAACGGAGACGGAAUGAAAUUGACUCGUUGUGUAUUUAUCCUCCUGUUUUUACCGAACAAAUGUCAAUGAUUUAUUUGUUUUUGUUUUGUAUUUGCUUAUUUGGUUUUUUUCCUCCUUCCUGUUGAAACCUGCCCCCCCCCCCCUGUACACAUGCUUCAUGUUCAACAGCACCGUAGCGCUAGUCACAACGCUCCUUUUAAAAAUAAACACUUUUUUAGCUAUCAAAAUAAAAAAGGCUAGAUUAUUAACAGGGCAGGUUAGUCGCUGUGUGUGUGUGUGUGUGUGUGUGUGUGAAGUGUUAGAUCGCAGUCGGUGAUGUUUUGAACGUGCGCUUCGAGAGGCUCUGUUUGCGUAGAUCGUGGAAGUGAACAAGUCCCGUACUGUGUGUCUGUGUGUGUGUGUGUGUGUGUGUGUGUGUGUGUGUUCCAGGCGUUUGGUUUUACGCAGUCAGCUGAUCCUUUGUGUUCCAGACUAACAGCCCAUUGUUUGUGACCCACAUUGUCCUCCAUCGCUGCCAGGUUGUCCCAGUGAGCGCUCGGUUUACUCUCUCAGUUUAUUGCAUGUUUAACUAACAUAAAGACUAAAUGUACGACUUUGGAUUUGAAGCCGUUCUACGCGACACAUGUUCACCGAUGGGUCACUCUUGGUUAUCUUUCAAAAUUCCAUUAAAACAUCAUUGCAAGGCA